AUGGCAACUCCAGCUAGGAGUAAAGGCAGCAGGCCCACUAUUUCCGAGAAAAUCUCCAGCUACUAUGGAAAUGUCAAAUCGCUGUUGCUAGGAAACGAUCUAACCGGAAGACGCCAAACAUGUGAGGAGAACCCGUUCACUUCGGAGACACAGCUGACAGGUUUCAAACGCGACCAGGAAGAAUUUCAUCUGAAGCCAGUAAAUGUGGACUUGUGUAGACUGAAAAAUCGCGAAGCUCACCACGCUGCGGAGUACGAAGUUCCGAACCUCAUCCUUCGACGUGGGCAGGCGUUUGAUAUCAACAUCGAUUUUAACAGGACUUAUAUCAAAGGACAAGAUGCUGUUUCGUUGAAGUUUGUUACAGGAAGCCGACCAACUCAGAGUCGAGGCAGUGUAGUUCCUGUAGUGCAGGUGGAUAGGAUCCAGGAUGGCCAGUGGGGAUUUGAACUGGCUGCAGUCCAGGAAAAGUCAGUGACGCUGCGAGUCAGCUCUGGAAGCGAUGCUAUUGUUGGCAGAUAUGAGCUCUUCAUAGAUACACAACACCUGAAAGAUGACAUCGUUGAGAAGUGGAGGUAUAAACAUCCUGACGACAUCUUCAUCCUGUUCAAUCCCUGGCAAAAAGAUGAUGCUGUAUAUCUGUCUGGAGAGCCUGAUCGUAAGGAGUAUGUCCUUAAUGAAACUGGCAGAAUUUGGUUAGGUUCUGUUGAGAAAUAUUAUGUUCGACCAUGGAAUUUUGGACAGUUUGAGUAUGUGUGCCUGAUUGCUGCUAUCUCCAUCUUGGAUCGUUCUGAGUUGGCAGACAGAGCCAGGGGAAACCCUACACUUGUUACCCGCACAGUUUGCCGAGCU